ACACUUGUCCCUCGGAUACACGAUCGAACGAACGAGGAACUGACAGCUGAAGUUGGAAUCAAAACUUGUUCUGUUCCGGGCUCAGUUGAGAAGACGCAAUGAUAUUCAAUAUCUACAUCUUCGACAACCAUGGAACGUUCCUCUUCUAUUCAGAGUACAAACGACUAAAGAAAGCGGACAUGUCCUAUUCCGAGGAAGGAAAGCUCAUGUACGGCUUACUGUACUCGCUGAAAUCUAUGUGCCAGAAGUUGUCACUGACAGACUCUUCCGGGACCUUCAAUUGCUAUAGGACGAACAAAUACAAAUUGAACUAUUUCGAAACGCCCUCCGGUCUUUGGUUCGUGAUCAACACAGAUGUCAAUGCGAUAGGAAUGAGAGAACUCAUCCAACAGUUGUAUCAGCAGGUAUACGUCGAAUACGUCGUGAAGAAUCCCGAGUGUGAACGGGGCAAGCCUGUCGAGAGUGCGUUAUUCAAACAAGAGGUGGACGAGUUCUUGCGUCGGGCGCCACAGUUCCGAUGAGAAUAUUUUAUAGGAACUAUAUUGUACAGAUACUCAUCGAUGCCCGAGAUAUGCAUAGUCAAGAUAUGAACAGUUUCUUCGUGCAAUCCAAAACUGUCGGUUGAAUCUAUCUCCAGUCGGCUAUCCAGUCAUAGCUGAAGUCUGCGCCGAAUCGAUGAGGAUACAUAAGAGCGCAUAGGUGAUACGUUUUCUUUAUACCCCAACGACGAAUUCUUUUCAAUGCUCGGCUGUCUCAGGAGAGUAUUGAUGCACUGCUCGAGAUGGUCGUUAGAGAGCGCUUGACUAAUUCGAGUUCGCGAGCGACUUGGAGCGUGGGUACAAAGAGGAGCGAUACCUUCUCCUGGGCGCGGCUGUCGUCCGAAUGCAGAGGCGCACAAGAGCGCGGCUCCAAUCGGAGUGCCUGUCAGAGCUCUUCGGUACUUCUCGAUGUUCGUACCACACUGUGAGCAUAUCGAGCU